GCAGAGCAAGAACCACUCGAAGCCAUGAAGGUGCGCUCGUCCGUUAAGCGCAUGUGCGACGGCUGCAAGGUCGUCCGCCGACGGAAAAAAGUGUAUGUGAUCUGCGACCGCAGCCCCAAGCACAAGCAGCGCCAAGGACUCCACACCAGUGCUCUGGCAACCGCGCCACAGGAAAGUGUUGCUAUCGCCGCUGGCUCGCCAAACGCGAGUUUCCAGGCUGCACUCAAGCAGCUGCAGUUCCCCGGCCUCGCUCCCUUUAAGUCCUUUCGCGACGCUGCUAUCCAGAUCCCCAAACUCUGCUAGAUGACGGGGGCGCGACAGUGACGAGUGCAGAUAAAUAACAGGGGAAAGAGGAUACAUCGCUUUUGGCCAGUUGGUCGUGACUUAGACAUAACUCAAGAUAAUCACAUUGCGCUGUGUCAGGAUAGCUGCAACGCUACGUGAAAGCG